AGUCUCUCAUAAGACAUCUAUAAUCUCUAGUAUAUAAGCACACUUGAUCUGUGAUAGAUCGUACAGCAAGCUCCAGCAUUAAAGUGCAGCACCAUGCUAAAGGAAGCGAUCUUCAUCUCCUUAUCCGCACUCUGCUUAGUAGCAGUAGUCCAGGGUGGUACGAUAAAAGAAUGUGAGAGCAAGAUGGCAGCGUCGUUGAAGAAAAAAUUGUGCCAAGUGCGUCAGUACAAACUCUUCGAAACAACGGACAUGUACAGUCACAUCGAUUGUUGCAUGAAGGCGGUCGAUUUUGUGGAGAAAGAUGGAACUGGAGAUUAUCACAAGCUGUAUGAGCUGCUAAAUAACAUCGAGGAGCAUCGUAAACAUGAUAUAAAUCUGGAGACGUGCGUCGGUGAAUCUAUGGACGCUCAGGCAAACCAGCGGGCGUACGCGUUCUACAAGUGUUUGCUGAAAUCCACCUCGGCUGAUGCGUUCAAGAAGGCGUUUGAUUUGAGGGAACUGAUCAAGGCUAACAAGCUUCCACCGGGCACCAGAUACAGCUCGGAGAUCGACAAGCAGAUGAAGAAAAUUGAUGACAACAUAUGUAAGUUGUAACUGAAAGGGCACAAUCGAGAGUUUUGAUGGAAUAAAUGUAAUCUAACUUGACAGCAUCAUAA